GAGGCUCGAACUGAUGAUGAGGUGUUGCAUCAUGCGGCAUGUACUGGCGAGAUGAAUGGUUGAACAUGACGCUUUUCGGAAAAGGAGGACUGAUUUGACUGAUUUCGGCUCUUAAAGGCGAGAAUCAAGUGAGAUCGUGUUUAGUUAUAAAAGGGCAGCGGCAGCAGCUUUGCAGACAAAAACAACGCCAGUACAAAAGGACUUAGUUACAUUCACAGCAUUUCCUAAAGAGCAGUGGGACUGCGCGCUCUGUUCACAUGUCUAACCUGAAGAAGAGAGGCUCGGGCACCGGCUCGGUGAGGGAUCAAGGGGAAACAGAUGGUCAGGUGAAGGAGAGCAUGUUAACGGCGCAUGUGAAUGGGGAACCGGGGCUGUCCCCGGACCGGGACAGCUUACCGACCGCCCUGGAGCAGCCGGCGGACUCGGGCAUGGUCCUGAAGCGAACCAUCACGCUGCGGAGUGGUGUGGCCAUCAUCGUGGGGACCAUUAUCGGCUCGGGUAUUUUCAUCACGCCGACCGGGGUGGUGAGGGAGGCGGGCUCGGUGGGCUUCUCCCUCAUCAUCUGGGCAAUGUGCGGCGUCUUCUCCACGGUCGGGGCUCUCUGCUACGCCGAGCUGGGCACCACCAUUACCAAGUCGGGAGGCGACUACGCCUACAUCCUCGAGGUGUACGGCUCGGUCACGGCUUUCCUCAAACUCUGGAUCGAGCUGCUCAUCAUCAGACCUAGUUCGCAGUACAUCAUAGCGCUGGUCUUCGCCACUUAUAUCAUCAAGCCCGCCUUCCCCGACUGUGCGGUUCCCGAGGACGGAGCCAAGUUAGUGGCUUGUCUCUGCAUCUUGUUUUUGACAGCAGUUAACUGUUACAGUGUGAAGGCAGCUACAAGAGUACAAGAUGCUUUUGCUGCAGCUAAGUUGUUAGCUCUAACUGUUAUCAUCAUUUUGGGCUUUGUGCAGAUUUUUAAAGGAGACACCCCAUACUUGAAACCUGACCGGGCCUUUGAGGGGACAACCACAGAUGUGGGAAAAGCAGUCUUGGCAGUAUACAGUGGUCUGUUUGCAUAUGGCGGCUGGAAUUACUUGAAUUUUGUCACAGAAGAAAUGAUUGAACCUUUUAAGAAUUUGCCUCGUGCUAUUAUCAUUUCCAUGCCCAUUGUAACAAUUGUUUACGUACUGACCAACAUGGCAUAUUUUACUACCCUGUCUCCUCAGUUAAUGCUAAAGGCAGAUGCUGUUGCUGUGGAAUUUGGUAAUAUCCACCUGGGAGUGAUGGCCUGGAUUGUCCCUGUAUUUGUAGGACUCUCUUGUUUUGGCUCUGUCAAUGGAUCACUCUUCACUUCAUCUAGAUUAUUCUUUGUGGGAUCACGAGAGGGUCACUUGCCUAGCCUUCUGUCUAUGAUUCACCCAAAACGUUUUACUCCCUUGCCAUCCUUAAUAUUUACUUGUUGGAUGACUUUGAUGUAUGCAUUCUCUGUCAACAUAUACUCUGUCAUUAACUUCUUCAGUUUCUUCAACUGGUUAUGUAUUGCAUUAGCCAUUGUCGGAAUGAUGUGGCUACGCUACAAGAAGCCAGAAAUGGAACGGCCUAUUAAGUUUAACAUCCUGCUGCCAAUCUGUUUUGUGCUAGCCUGUGUCUUCCUGAUUGUUGUUUCUAUAUGGAUGACGCCUGUGGAAUGCGCUAUUGGAUUGGUCAUUAUCCUCUCUGGGCUUCCAGUCUAUUAUGUUGGCGUUUACUGGCAAAACAAACCUAAGUGGCUCUUGGAUACAAUCUAUUCUGUAACUGUUUUCAGUCAAAAAGUUAUGGAGGUGGUACCUCAGUCUUCAUAAUAAAACAAAUUGAGCUCCUUCAGAAAAACGCACAAAGAUUCAAGCAGUUGAGAUAUUGUUACACACUCCAAAGUCAACAUUUCAGUCAUGGAAACAUUUCUCUUCAAUUUGAGGAUUUAGUCAAUCACUUUAGAAUCGGUUGAGGAAGCAUCGCAUGAUCCCUUCAUUAGAAAGAGAUUUAGUGGUUGAGAACUGUACUGGCUGAAGCAUAUGCAAAGUGUUUUAGUGUUUGUGUGAAUAUUCCUGUGUGGUUAUUUGUGCAUUGGUUUUAUUCCAUUCAACUGUUAUGAAAUUGAAAUUUGAGUGUUUCUACUUUUGAAAGUAUUCUGUAAAUGCACAAUAUUUAAGAAUGGUCCAAAAUUUAUUUUACAAAGUCAGUAGUUUAGUUUGCCAUUAAUGAAAUUGAGCCUUCAAUUCGCUACUGGUUGAAGUCACAACUUGUGUUGUCUUUUUGGAGCACAAUGAAAAACAAAUGUAUGUUCUUCAGAUUGAUAUGUACAUUUAAUUUCACUAAUGUUUUAGUUUUUGGAGUUUGUUUACAUUUUUAAAAUAAAGUAAAAAGAGGGUGACCUUCCAGGGAGAGAAGAAAGUAAUGGAAUAAAAAGAUACCUGGAAAUUACCAACUUAUUUGUUUUUAGUGACACUAUCUGAAUUCCUUAGAGACAUAGUGGGUCAUUUUCAGAGUUUAGGAUACUGCUUUCACAUUAUUCUGAAUUUUUCUUUCCCACAAUCCACUGUUAGAGAAGUGUGGCAGCUGUCUAUCAAAAUGUCAGUGAUAAUCUAGCAAGGAGGGUGACCAUGUAAAUAAUAGCCAACUUUGUUUAAAGGUCCAAAUACAUCACUGUUUUACUAUUUUUAAUUUUCUUCAGAAAAUUCAGCCAUCUGAAAUAACAGUAUGUGUAAAUACUCUGUGUCACUGCAUGUAAUGCAUUUUAAUGCCUUAUAACUCUUAAUGUAACUCCUCCUCCAUUCCCCACUUCACAGGGAAGCAAAUGGCCUAGUGCUAUUACCACUAGACUAUUAAUCCAGGGACCCAUUUAAUGUUCUGGGGACCUGGGUUCAAAUUGUGCCAUGACAUAUGGUGGAGUUCAAAUUCAGUAAUAAUCUAGCAUUACAAGUCUAAUGAUGACUAUGAAACUGUUGGCAAAACCCCCUCUGGUUCACUAAUGUCCUUCAGAGAAGGAAUCUGUAGUCCUUACCUGGUCUGGUGUAUGUGUGACUCUGGAUGCACAGCAAUGUGGUUGACUCUUAACUGCCCUUUGGAUAAUUAGAAAUAGGCAAAAAAUGCUGGCCUAGCCAGUGAUGCCCACAUUGUAAAAUGAAUUUUAAAAAUGUUUGAAGUAUACAUAAAAAUGUUACUUCUUCCAGCCUUGUAAUUUCUUCCGUCAGGAAAUGUUUACUGUGUGAGAAAUUAUUUUCUCUUCAUUUUCUACAUAAUCUGGUAUGUUUGAGUGAUACUUCUCCUAACAGACAGAAAACGUAAAAACAGUUUGGGCCUGCUGUCAGAAAGCUCCUGAUGUCAGCUUUUGCAGGAUGUCCAAGACUAUGUGGCCCUUAUUUGACCUUCAUUUAAAGUUGGACUUACAUUCUUCUGGAAAUCAAACCUCUGCUCACCAGCUUUUGGUGCACUUUUUUGCACCAUUACCAUUGGGAGUGAGAAGCCACACUACCCCUUUACAACUAAAGAAUUUCCACUUGGUCAAUCAUAGUGGAGGGAGGGGCAGACUGUGUGUAGUUCACUUUUAUGACUCAGUGGGUAAAUGCACCUGAUAGCAAGCCAUUAAGCUAUACAAAACGGAAAGCUGUGGUUCAGUUUUAGUCACUGAUCUGCUAAAUUUCAAGUUAACAGCAUUAGCAGAGCCAGUUGAUUUUUGAUUUCUUUGUGCCCAAAGAGAUGAAAAAAACCUUGAUCAUCAUCCAGAAUCCUUAAAAAAUGUUUUUUAUGCUGAGUAAAGAGGAUCAGGAGCAAAUGUAACACCCACAUGCAAACUUAGGAAAAAUAACAUGCCAACUGGACCUGAAUGGAACUUGCUGAGCAAGAUUAUAGAGUGCCCAUGGGAACCUCUCCUAACUUGAGUCAUUCAUUUCUUUUGAGAAUUUAGAGGGAAAUUAGGAAAAUUUAAUCUGCUGAUCUAUUUAAUAAUAUAGAAAAUAAUUAUUUUUCUUCAAUGAGUCAUAAGUAUAUUCCAAAUUUUCUUUAUUCCUUCAUGGAAUGUGAGCAACGCUGGCAAGGCUAGCAUUUAUUACCUAUUCCUAUUUGCAAUGACCCAGCUUCCUGUAUCACUGUGUGGUAUAAGUACAGUCAUAGUGCCUGUUCACAGGGAGUUUCAGAACUUUGACCUAGUGAUGAUGAAGGAAUAGUGAUAUAUUUGCAAGGCAUGAUGGUAUGUGAGCUGAGGAGAUGACAUAAACUGCCUGUUCAUGCUGGAUCUAGAACAGACAAAAAAUAUUAAAAUAUUUCUAUGGAUUCCAGACAGACCUUCCAUUAUUGGUAUACGGUGUGGUCUUUCAGGUGGGUUUUGGAUAAAUAAAAACGGCUGAGGUGAUAGUGUAUACUUAAGAUGCAACUACAACCCCAAAGAAUUAAGGCUAAAUGACUAAUUUUAUAGCAAUAUUUCCGAAGGAGAUUUCAUCUCAGUUGAAUCAUAGUUAAUGGGGCUUGCUGUCAAUUUUUAUUUUUAAAUGAUAAUUCAUUGAGAACUGAAGUAUUGCAGGGUCAAAAUUCUCAUACUAUUUUAGAUAUUCUGGCAUAACUUCAGGAAAUGGUUUCUAGAAAAGCUGGAAACUAAGCUGUAAAGAGACAGAGAAAGCUGGGACAUUAAAGGUUGGAGUUUCUGGUCGGGGACUUAAUUGGGCCCUAACAUUUCUUUUUCUUCAUGUGCUGUGGGUGUCCCUGGCAAGGUCAGCAUUUAUUUCCCAUCUCCAAUUUCCCAUGAGGAAGCAAUGGUGAGCUGUCGGAUGGUGUGUGACUUGGAUCAAAGUUUAUAGAGGGAGGUGUUCCUGCAAAUCCACUAUUAUCAUUCUAAAGAUUGCUAACUUAGAAGGUGAUGCCAAAGGAACCUUGGUAGGUUGUUUCAUUAUUUCUUGUAGUUGAAGUAAAUACUUGAGGUGGUGGAUGGGGUCUCAAACAAGAAGGCUGUUUUGCCCUGAAUGGUGUGCAAGUUUUUUGAGUGUCGUUGAAACUGCACCUAUCCAAUAUGUGGAGAGUUUUCUUUUAACAUUGUGGCUUGCAUCAUGUAAAUAGUGGACAAUUUGUUGGAGUCUGGAGAUUAAUUACUUGAUGUAAAAUUGCCAGCCUCAGACCUGCUCUUGGAGCCACAAGUAUUCAUUUGGUUAAUCCAGUUAAGUUUUGAGCCAGUGAUGAUAUCCAGGGUGUUCAUUGUGAGGGUUUCAGUGAUGACAUGCAGUGCUCAUUUCCCCAGCGUACCAUGUUAGCUGUGUCUCUGAAUCGGAAGGAUACGCAUUUGAGUCUCAUUGUAGGUCUUGAGCGCAAAAUUCUCAGAUGAUACUGCAGUGCAGUACUGAAGAUAAAAUCAGAAGUUGCUGGAAAAGCACAGCAGGUCUGGUAGCAUCUGUGAAGAAAAAAAUCAGAGUUAACGUUUCGGGUCCGGUGACCCUUCCUCAGAUUGGGAAGGCGAGGAUGCUGGUGCAGAGUAAAGGAGCAAUUCUUUACUCCUCCUUAGUGCAGGAAAUCAAGACUUGAACCUUCAAAAGGAUUGUGGAGGUGAGGUAUGGUGGAAAAGAAAAUUCCUUGCAACUUUUAAAGCUCUGGGUCCUCAACCGUGCAGGGUACCUUAGAUGCAGGUAUCUUUCUAGGCUAUUUGGAGAAAUCCUCUGACUCUAGGAAGUUCUUGCAGUUUGUAGGAUGAGUUUGCAACUAUUAAGUUUUCUGCCUCACAAAUGUUUGAGCUCUUCAUACUUUCCAUAGUCUAUGGCUUCACACAUUUUGCUGUUAUCACUAUCAGUUCAGAAGGCUAUUUGAAAUGGUUCAUUUGUGGAAAAAAUAAUAUUCUGGAAAUAGUUGAAUCAAUCAAAUAAAAGAGUCACUCAUUAUCAUGCAGAAUUCUGUUCUUAAUGCAACACUAAAUUCUAAUUGAGAAUUGAUGGUUCAUACCAUCUUUGAAGAUUUUUUAGAAUCCAUAAUACUAAUUUAUAGUACUUAAGUGUACUAAUUUUCAGGUUAUUGUGUACAAUUUAUUUUUUAAGACAUUUUUACUAGUCAUCAAUCUUUCUUGUGUUGUAACAUUGUUUUGCAGUGUUCUGAAAUAUUUUGUGAAAUCUCUUGAAAUGUAUGUAUACUGGCUGUAAUCAGAGGUGCUACAGUACUGAUAUUUGAUUUUUUUAUAUAUAGAAAUAAUUGGCUUGUAGUUUUGUGCAACAUUUAAUCAUCUGUACACAGGAGAUGAAGAAAUCCAAAGUUUUAGGCAAAAUUGUUUCUUCCUAAAUUGUAACAACAAAAUUAAGUCUUGAGCUUCUCCUUUCUCCUUAUCAUCAGUUUUAAUUGACUUCUUUCCCUGUGUCCAAGUGUUGUUGUAUGGCAUUUAUAGGGUAUGAAAAGUAACUUCGACUAAACGGAGAGCAGGAAACCAACUGGUGCCUACCUUCAUUACCACCACACCUUGCUUCAUAUAUUUUCAUGAUCUCAUUGUUUGCGAGGUAAUCUAACACUGGAAGUGUGAAGUUAUUUUGUUUUUGCACUUUUUCCAUUUUAUUUAUUUCAAUGGAUCAUCAAAAUCUUAUUUAGUGUUUACUUUCUGUUUGGAAACAAAUUGUGUAAUUGUUUAUGACUCCCAAAAUGUUAUUACUUUGCUUAACAAUAUUAUAUUUGAAUCUUGAAAUAUUAGAUGACUGUAAAAGUUUCUUGUAAAUUAAUAACGGUACUUCAUGGUGAUGUAUUGUGAUUUUAAUGACUUUACCACAAUCUGAAAAAUCACUGUCAGCAAUUGGAAUGAUAAAACAUUUAUCACAAACUGACUUGCUUGUCUCAAACUCUGAUGUAUUAAAAGACUGCUGUCCACAAUAAACACAAGUCUUUGAGGUUGUCUUUUAAAA